AUGCCCCGAGUCAUUCUCUUCUUGGCUUUGAUUGCGUUUGCUUUUGCUGUUCCACCGAUUGUGCCUAAGAAUAUGGAAAUAAAACGGUCCAAAAAAUUCAAGCCCAUAGUACUUGAACCAGUAAGUAAGGAAGAAUUGGACAUACUAAGACCAGAAAAACCAAGCGGUGAUAAAGCUCCAUGUGUAGAUGGCGUAAACAAUGUUAUCGAAUUGGCUGACACUAAAGAAGCUCUUGCAAUCCGUACCAGCGGACUCACACUGCAGACAUACGACGUCGAAGGCUAUCCGAGUUGUCGUGAAGGUCGAGCAAUGAUCUCUCUUCCAGGAAUGAUCAAGCUUGCAAAGGGAAAAGUAAUUGUAAAAGCCCCAUUUGAUCUGAAGAAGUCAGCCCUUCUAAAGUUUUCGCUGAAGAGUCCAACUGCCGGCAUACUUUGCGAGAACGGCGAACCGCGUGGGAAAUGGGCAUCGCUUCCAAAAGAUCUUUGCCGCUACGAGCUCAACCGCGAAUUCCCGGAUAAAAUCUACAAGAUGCUUAGCACACCAGGCGCAUACGACCUAGAACAAGUCAUCGCUGAGGCCGCUGGCAUUUCGAUGCUCAUACCAGUAGAUUACAUGGACGAUGAGGCCAAGGCAGGCCUUUUAAUUUUUUCUUACUUUGUCAUUUUUGUUGCCAUGAUAAAUUAGGC